AUGAUAUAUGAGAUAAUUGAAGAAUAUGCAACAAUCGGUGUAAUUGCUCUGGUUGCACUGAUGCAAGAAGAUGCGGAACACUCGGGAUGUGACUGCACUCUGAAUGACUUCGAUCCCAGAAAUCGGAGCCUCUCCACUACUCUGAAAUUCGAAGUUCACGAAGUCAGGGAGACGAGAGGGAACAGUACUGUACCAAUGUGGAACAAUGUCUCCGGGCGUUACGGAAAAAAGGCGCGACAUUGCGCGCCGCCUCCAAGUAUUGCAUUGGAUCUGAUCUAUCGGUCAAUGGAUCGGUGGGGCGGAGCAGAGCGCUCCUUCAAUGCCAAACAUUUCUCUCAGCCAAUCAUUUCCAUGAGCAACUAA